AUGGAGGAUAGCGCGUCGAAUCACGGUCGGAUACCGAAAACAACGAGCUCGGUGCACGACGUGCGCGCGGACAAGCCUCCCUUCGGCUCACGAUUCCUCACGGAUGCGUCCGACGUUUGGAGCCAAAACGCAUGGGACCACGUCCCGCCCCCGGACGACCAGAGCGAGCGCAUCGAGGCGUCGCUCGCGCGGCAGCGCGCCGCGCCAGUUCCAGAGGAGGAGAAGGCCAAGUACAACGAAAAGCCCGCCAAGCACUGGGACAACUUCUAUAAGAACAACGCGGGCAAUUUUUUUCGCAAUCGGAAGUGGCUACACCUCGAGUUUCCGGAAUUAGUAGCCGCAUCGCAAGCGGAGGCCGGCCCCUGCACGAUCGUCGAAGUCGGCUGCGGCGCCGGCAACGCCGUCCUGCCUCUCAUAGCCGCAAACGCCAACCCCCACCUCCGCUUUCACGCGUACGACUACGCCUCGCACGCGAUCAAAGUCGUCCAGAACCAUCCGACGUACCUCUCCCCGCCCGCGGGCACCAUCUCCGCCGCCGUCUGGGACCUGACCAACCCCUCCCUCCCGGCCGACCUCACCCCAGGAACGGCCGACAUCGUCAUCCUCGUCUUCGUCCUCUCCGCACUCCACCCCGUGGAAUGGGCGCAGGCCGUCUCCAACAUCCACAAGAUUCUAAAACCCGGCGGGCUCCUCCUCUUCCGCGACUACGGCCGGCACGACCUCACCCAACUCCGGUUCAAAGCCGGCCGUCUGCUCGAAGACAACUUCUACAUCCGCGGCGACAAGACCCGCGUCUAUUUUUUUGACCUCGGCGCCUCCGGCCCACUCUUCUCCGCGGACCAACUCGGCGUCGACCGCCGGCUGCUCGUAAACCGCAAACGCCAGCUGAAGAUGUACCGCGUCUGGAUGCAGGCCAAAUUCCGCAAGCUCGAUGCAGGGAGAGAACACCUCACGGACAGCAGAGCGGCCAAGAUCGAGGAUGGGAGGGAUGACUGA